GUCUUUGUUUAGUUUAUGGUCCCCAAUCGGAGCUUAUCAGAAAGAUAAAGACCCCGUAAAAAUCGAACGCCAUCAAUAGAACGUAGAUUGGGCAACUAGUGCCCUGAGAAAAGCUGAACUGUUCACUAGUACUUCCUCCUGAGAACAACAUAAGAAAUGGCCCCGCAAAUCCGACCACUCACGCCAGAGCUGCAAAAAGUGGCCAUCGAGCAGCUAAAAGAGGAUCCCGAUCGACUGGAGGCUGAUCUUUUGGCUUUCAGGACCUGGAUCGAACAGCAGCCACAUCUGAAUCCUCGAACCGACGACCAGUAUCUGGUGGCCUUCCUGCGCGGCUGCAAGUACAGUCUGGAGCGGGCCAAGUCCAAGUUGGACAAGUUCUACACACUGAAAACCAAGUAUCCGGAAUUCUUUCGAGUCACCAGCACUACGGACGGCAAGUUCCGAGAGAUCCACCAAACGGGGGCUAUAAUCUAUAUGCCAACUCCGCUGAAUGAAAAUGGACCCCGCAUCGGGAUCUGGCGCAUGGGAUUGGUUCCCGUAGAGAAGUACAGUAUUCUGGAGUGCAUGCAAGUGGCACAGGCAUUACAGGAAAUUGCCAUCUUGGAGGACGACUAUGCCAAUAUUAAUGGUAUUGUUUUCAUCAUGGACAUGCAGGGAGCCACAGCGGCCCACUUGUUCCAGAUGACUCCCUCGAUGGCCAAGAAGUUCACCGUUUUUUCAGAGGAAGCUCUCCCACUGCGAAUAAAGGGACAGCAUUUCAUCAACACCAUCACUGGUUUCGAGCAGAUAUUCAACAUGUUCAAGCCCAUGAUGUCCAAGAAGAUGCAGUCUCGACUCUUUGUGCAUGGCAACAAAAUGGAAUUGCUAACGGAGCAGAUCCCGCUGAAAUAUCUUCCCGUGGAAUAUGGCGGGGAGAACGGAACUGUGCCGGAAAUCGUGGCUAAUUGGGAGAAAAAGUUGGAUGACUACAGCGAGUUUUUCAAGGAUAAUGCCAACUAUGGCACUGAUGAGAGCCUGCGACAGGGCAAACCCAUCGAUUUUGAUGGACUCUUCGGAAGCGAGGGUUCAUUCAGGAAGCUCAACGUGGAUUAGUUUGAAAUUUGUAGUAUUUAAAGAUUGUUGUUUUGUUAUCAUUUGCUAGGAGUUAUUAACAUUUUGUUUGGCAUUACUCAGGUGAGAGUAUACCUUUAAAGUCCUAUCCUCCAGGAAUAGCUCAAAGCAAUAUAGAUGUCUUCUAUAUAUACAUUA